AUCUUCUGAAUUAUCUGUAUUUACAUCAGUAUCUUCAAAGCUUAAUUUUUCAACUUGCAUUGUUUAAUCUUUAUCAACAAUUGCUUGAAGAGUUAAUGCAGCUACAGCAACAAAAUGAUCAAUAUCUACAUGUUUAAACUUAUUCAAUGAUUAAACAUCGAUUCAACAAUCAACUCAAUUGAAACAAAUAUGGAAACUGUUGAUCUGUGUGACAAUAAAACAACUGUUACAGUUAAAAUUCAACAAAAUGCAUCAACUGGUCUCUCUUCAGCUUACAAGGACAGAAAAUUUAGUGAUUUAAUCAUCGUCAAUAACGAUAAAGAAUAUCAUGUUCACAAGAUUAUUUUGUCUUCAUUCAUUCCACAAAUCGAUAAAAUGCUUUCAUCCGGACUUGCAGAAUCAACAAGUUCACGAAUUAAACUGGACCAUCCAACGGAAAUAUUUGAUCUCAUCAUUGACUGGGCUUAUUGUCAACCGAUUAGUGUAACCAAGGAAAAUGCUCUUGGAUUGUUUCACCUUUCUGAUUACUUGGACAUACCUGAUUUAGCGAAUGAAAGUUUAAGUUUUCUGUUCGAUCACUUUUCAAAUGAAGUGGUCGUUGAAAUUGAUCAUUGGAUUAAUCAAAUUGCAACUCUCAAAGCUCGUCAACUGAUCGAUCAAUACAUUUGUGAAAACUUUUGUGAUAUCAUUGCAACCAAGAGUUUCUUGGGUUUUGAAGUUGAUACUGUUUAUUACAUGAUAAACCUAAUUGGUUUGAACAUUGAAAGUGAAUUGCAAGUGUUUGAAGCAAUAAUUAAAUGGGUCACAAUCAAUGCUAAUGAAAGACUUGUGCAUCUACCAAAGCUGGUAUCAGCCUUACAUUGGACUUCAAUCAAUAUAGACCAAUUUACUAACACAAUCGCUCAAAACUUUUAUAUUAAACUGUGCAAAGAAACACGACCAAUAAUCUUGUCAGCUUUUGAAUCGAUUUGUUAUAAUACAUCAGAUCAAAUUAAAGAUGUAAAUUUAAUCAUUGGACCUCGUCUUAAAAAGCCUACUAAUUUGUAUUAUUUAACUAAAGAAGCAGAAGGAACAUUAACAUUGAGAAGUUUCCUCAAUGAAAACAUUUUCUUUCCACUUGUUUGUGAUGUUAAUAUGACUUUCAACAGAUGCACUGAUGAAUGUACAACCGAAAGUCUGAUAGAUUCAGAUAAAUUGAUUUUAAUUAAUUGGAUUAAGAAAACUUAUAGAUUAACUAAUCAUUCUGUUUUCAGUAAAUUGUUUGGGCGCAAUUUUGAGUUUAAAGAAAAUGGUAAUGUUUUCUUGUGGAAAGGGAAUCGUCCAAUCGUACUCAAACCAAACCCUGAAGAAGUGACGGACAUUCAUUCGGUGACUCCUUAUAAAGGCCAGUUUUACGUCGUUGGUUCUAAUUUUCCUAGAAUUGUUGUAGUGAAGUUUGAUCCGUGUGAUAAUGUCUGGACUGGUGUGGCUAAUGGUAGACAAAUAUCUAAUCCUGUUAACCAGUUGAAACAUGUGUUGUAUGACAACAAAUUGAUUCUGUUUCUUGACAAUUCAAAGUAUCAUAUUUACGAUCUCGAAUCAGCUAAAUGGACACAACAUGUUGGCUCAGGCCUAUGGAAUAGAACAGCUGAUCUUCACUUUACUCUUCAUCAGUCUAAACUGUUUCUCCUGAGUCAAGUUCAAGCAGAACUGUAUGAAUUUGAUUCAGUUGAAGACACAUUUAAAGUGGUCAAAGGAAAACCAAUCAAAGGUACUAAUUUCGUUGGGUUAAUAUCAACUGAAAUGGAAACACAACUAAAAGAGUUUAAUUCACAAUUUCGUCUGUUGGAUUCCAAUAAUAAUUUACGUAAAAUGCUGAUCAGAACAUGACGUUGCUUUUAUUUCACAACCUUUUCCAUCUGAGAAUCAAGAUUAAGGCAUUAAGACACUGCUUCAAGAAUUUGUGCCUUAAGUGCCAUGAAUAAAAGUUAUAAAGUAUACAGCCAUGAAUCGAAAGUUGAAUCCACUUUUUGAGUAAUUCGCGCAUUUUAUUAUCAAAUCUAUGAUUAACUUAAUCAAUUGCUGAUUACAAACUGUUAACCCAUACAUUUUGAGCCAAAAUAUCUAAUUUAGAUAAUAAAACCAAUAGCUGAUUACCUGCGCAAUUGAUUUAAAAAGUGGAUUCAACUUUCAAUUCACGGCUGUAUUGUUGAAUCUUCGUUAUGAUUAACAGUGUUUUUUUUUAAAGCGGAGUCAAUGGAAACUGGAUAACGUGAUGAAAAGAUUCUUAGUAAACUUAGUGAAAUGGGUACUAAUUGUACUCAUAAAUGAUUCACAGAUUCAGCCAGUAGACCACAGUGAGGAAUGGCUUGAAAUGAUGAAAUGCUCAUUAACUGCCGAUUUGUAAAUAAUCCACAUUGAGACCAUGUUAAGAAUAGAAAGUUAGUACUCGAGGUGAUAUUUUGAGAGUAACGACUGGUUUUAUUAAUAGUAAAAAUUAAAUCUGUCGAUGAAGACGAAAAUAAUGCAAAUGAACAAUAAUAAAGAAGCAUAUUCAUUUUGA